GGAGAGGCGUGCUCGGCUCGGCGGCUCGGCUCCGGCUCCUCGCGGUUCGCCCCGUGCAGCGCCGCGCGCAGCUCGCGGACAGGAUCGCGCGAACGGGUCGCGGACAGGCCGCGUGUGUGUGCGUGCGUGCGCGCUUGUGUGUGUGUCGGUGCGUGUGUUGUGUUACGUGAUCCGAUAUAGAAAAUUGGUGCAUCAAAGGAUACUUACAUCAUUGACAUAGGAUCGCACGGACAGGCCCUGGACAGGCCGCGCGAGCGUGCGUACGACUGUGAGUGUGUGUGUGAGUGUGUGCGCGCGCGUGUGUUCAGUGUGACGUGACCCGUGACAGAAAUUUGGUGCAUCGAAGGAUAUUUCACAUCAUUGAUCUGUUUUGUGCUCCUGCGGGUGUGUCUCUGCUGUGGUGCGUCUGCGGGCGGUUGUGGUGAAGUGUUGUGGUGAUUGUGGUGGUGAACUCCUCGGGUGGAUCCCCGCUGCACCUCGGGAUUGGAUUACGCGCCCGCCCGCACUCCUCGCCCAACGGCUGACAACUCCUCUACCUGGAUACCUAUCACACACACCAGGAAUCUACUCUUUGCCGCCCACACUCGUCCUCCUGCGCGGAAAUGUAGACCACCACCAAGGUAGGAGAGAGACCCACAUACCUUUUAACGGUCGGCGGUCGAUUCACCCGAACUAGGCGCGCACCGGUCGGUGUUCUAGCCCCCACCCUGGCCGCAUGCGGUGCCCGCCUCCCCCUCCCCCGGGGGGACAGCGCUAACAAGGAGCGGUCCGACGUCAUGGACUAGUGGCAGCGCCGUGCCAGCGUCAGCCCCUCCCCUUCCGUCACAUCCGGCUUCACCAUGGAGUUUUCGGAGGCCUUCCGGGCGGAGGACAUCGCCAAGACGGACUUCUUUGACUUCGUGGUGACGCCAGAGGACAUGGGGACUGACAUCGUGCUGCACAACAACUUUCCGGCCUGGUCACGCAAGUCGAUGGGCCUCUUUGCCAGCAACAAUGGCGCGGAUGCGGCGGACGAUCCGGGCGGCAACGGGUCCGUCAACAGUGACGGCGCGCACCCCACCAAGGAGGCAAACAACAACAGCAUUCUGCCCAAUUUCGCCGACGACUCUUUCUGGGACACGGGGGGCGGGAAGGCAGCCUUCGCAGCGGCAGCGGCCGCCGUCAACAUUAAGAUGGAGUCGCCCACCCUGGAGGACAUCAACGACAUCUGCUGGUCGUCCAACGUGCCCGCCGAUCAACAGCCGCAGCAGCAGCACCAGCCCGACGACGAUCAGGGCGCCAACCAAAGAGAAGAGGGGGACGCCGUUGACGGCAGCAACACGGACGGCUCCAUCUACACCCUCACUGUCGUCAACGGCCAGGAGCCCCCGCCGGCGCCGCCCCCACCCGCCGCCCCAAGCGGAGGCGCCGGCGCCGCCCCCGAGGCCCCGCCCCUCUGGUACCGGCCCCCAGACCUGAGCAGCAUCCUACGAGAGGGCGACGAGCAGCUGCGGCAAGCCAUGUCCUCCAUGGACCCCAGCGGCCAGUGCGGCGAGGCCCACCAGUACCAGACUUCGCUCGACAUCGACUCCAUCAUCAGCAUCCUGCCGAGCCUGGGCUCUGGCCUGGGCUCCAGCCUGCCGGAGGGGCUCGACCACGGGCUGUUCAGCGGCCCGCCUGACCCGGGGCUGCACCACUCCGACGACCUUCUCGGCUCCAGCGCCGUCUGCGACGACAGCGGCUUCGUAGAGAGCAAAGAGGACGGGCAGCUGAAGCAACCGCAGCAGCCCUCCAGUUCAGUGUCCACCGGCCAGGGCGGCCUCCAGGAUGCCGACGACAGGCGGCAGCAGUACAGCGAGAACAAUAACGACUGGGCAUUCUCGAACCACAACGAGAACAACGAGUCGCUACUGCGGAGUGCACUACAGGGCGGUAAGGCCUACCUCAACCAGUACAACGACACCAAGACCCUCACCGAGCUGGGCCCGCCCGGCAUGUUCAUGGGCGGGGACAUGCUGCCCACCCUGGACGCCCCCGUCAUGAUGUUCGACGACAUGUACGGCAACGGGCCGGCCUCGGCGGCCUCGCAGUGCACCUCGACGUGCACGUCGACGACGUGCAUGGACGACAUCCUUCUCUCACCGCUGGACGACUACGAGAAGCUUAAGAUGAUCGAGAACGAGGUGGCCGAGUCGGCCAAGCGCUACGGCAUGCACCACUACGGCCCGCCUCCCGCUCCCGCGCCGCACUCGAGCACGCCGCCCGCGCGGCCGAAGAAGAAGGCGUCCCGGCGAAGCGGUGACCGGCCCCCGGCCAAACCGAAGGCGGCGUCCUCCGGGGCCGUAUCCAGCAGCUCGGCCUCCACCGUGGCGCCUAACGGCGCGCGCAGGGAGCGCUCCCUGCACCACUGCACCAUCUGCAGCAAGGCUUUCAAGGACAAGUACUCAGUGAACGUGCACAUUCGGACUCACACGGGCGAGAAGCCCUUCGCGUGCUCGGUGUGCGGCAAGAGCUUCCGGCAGAAGGCGCAUCUCGCCAAGCACUACCACACCCACAUCGUACAGAAGAGCGAGCUGCCGGCCAAGGGACUGUCCACCAAGGCAAGAUAGCGACCGUCGAGCAAAGACAAAAGUAUUGUUCCUAUAUCUCUCACUUCACGAGCUGUGAUCUGCCUGUUAGUUAUAUUACAAGUUUAUUUUGUUGUUGUUUUCGUAAUACAAUUAUUAAAACUGUACUUUUUUCGUUUGUGUUUUUAAAAUAGGACAUGUCUGUAUAAAUAGCCUUAGUUCUAUUACAUUUGUAAAUAGUACGUGAACAUUAUGUAAAGCUGGUCUGCCUCGAAGAUUGGAAUUCUUUCACAAGACGUGCUAGUGAUAUUUUGAGCAGAUUUUGUACUUUUAUUAUUGUAAUUUGUGUUAGCGUCAAGUAGCCUACAUAGUGCGAAUUGCGCACUUAUUUUUUUUAUAAAUUUUGUCAAUAUGAGCUGUACAUAGCAAAUAGUUUCCAAGAGUAUUAGUAAAAGUACCUUUUAGUGCCUUGAAAUGCCAAUCAAAUUUAGUGUUUGUUCUAAUUCAGUGGUAAUUGUGCUUCACCAUCUAUUUUUUUUUCUGCAAACACUUAAAAUUAAGAAAUGUGGUCUGCCCUUUGUACUUUUUGCACUUUGGUAUCCGAUAAGCAAAAAAUAUCGUCAAUUAGUUUGUUAGCGUGUACGGUACUCUAUUCCAAUGUUUGACGAUCGUUAAAUUGUUUAUUAGAAAUUGGAGCACAAUAUCCAUGACAGGCCUGUGGCCUAAAGUCCUCUUACGGAGAGGACUGCAAUCAUAUGCAAACAACUGAAUUGAUCUCACUGCAGUUGUGCUUUGGAGGGUUUAUCACUCACGACUCUGUUUUAUUUUCUUAUAUUUGGGAAAAGAACGAGUUUUGAUGAUGAAACGGUUUAAUGGGGAAUCAGGCUUGUUAUUUAUUUCUUUUAUUAUAAUUUUUUUGGUCUCGUCAAAAUUGUGCAUUUUAAAGCAUUGCUCUGUCACUAUAGUGUUCAUAUUGUGUAUUUUUUAAUUUAUUAUUUUUGUACUUUUGUAUGCAGUGAUCUUUUUGUCUGUUGUGCUUUAAUAAGAGAAACAAGUCCAACGUG